AUGAUGAGGCCUUUUUCUCACCAACUCUCCUACGAAACUCCCAUCACCUGGAAAGCCCCAGUGAAAGGAGAGGCUGAUGUCACCGUGGAGGAGAAUGCUGUGGACACGCUCCCAGGCAAACCCAACGACCCAGGGACACGUUCCCAGGCAAACCCAACGACCCAGGGACACGCUCCCAGGCAAACCCAACGACCCAGGGACACGCUCCCAGGCAAACCCCCAACACGCUCCCACCCAGGGACACGCUCCCAGGCAAACCCAACGACCCAGGGACACGCUCCCAGGCAAACCCAACGACCCAGGGACACGCUCCCAGGCAAACCCAAUCCCAGGCAAACCCAACGACCCAGGGACACGCUCCCAGGCAAACCCAACAAACCCAAUGACCCAGGGACACGCUCCCAGGCAAACCCAACACGACCCAGGGACACACGCUCCCAGGCAAACCCAACCACCCAGGGACACGCUCCCAGGCAAACCCAACGACCCAGGGACACGCUCCCAGGCAAACCCAACGACCCAGGGACACGCUCCCAGGCAAACCCAACGACCCAGGGACACGCUCCCAGGCAAACCCAACGACCCAGGGACACACUCCCAGGCAAACCCAACGACCCAGGGACACGCUCCCAGGCAAACCCAACGACCCAGGGACAGGGCAACCCAACGACCCAGGGACACGCUCCCAGGCAAACCCAGGCAAACGACCCAGGGACACACUCCCAGGCAAACCCAACGACCCAGGGACACGCUCCCAGGCAAACCCAACGACCCAGGGACACGCUCCCAGGCAAACCCAACGACCCAGGGACACGCAAACCCAGGCAAACACGCUCCCAGGCAAACCCAACGACCCAGGGACACGCUCCCAGGCAAACCCAACGACCCAGGGACACACUCCCAGGCAAACCCAACGACCCAGGGACACGCUCCCAGGCAAACCCAACGACACCCAGGGACACGCUCCCAGGCAAACCCAACGACCCAGGGACACGCUCCCAGGCAAACCCAACACGCUCCCAGGCCCAGGGACACGCUCCCAGGCAAACCCAACGACCCAGGGACACGCUCCCAGGCAAACCCAACGACCCAGGGACACGCCCAGGGACACGCUCCCAGGCAACCCAACGACCCAGGGACACGCUCCCAGGCAGGCAGGGACACCUCCCAGGCAAACCCAACGACCCAGGGACACGCUCCCAGGCAAACCCAACGGGACCCAGGGACACGCUCCCAGGCAAACCCAACGACCCAGGGACACGCUCCCAGGCAAACCCAACGACCCAGGGACACGCUCCCAGGCAAACCCAACGACCCAGGGACACGCUCCCAGGCAAACCCAACGACCCAGGGACACGCUCCCAGGCAAACCCAAUAACCCAGGGACACGCUCCCAGGCAAACCCAACGACCCAGGGACCCUUCUCAUCAGGUGAAUGAUAAUGGCAAGGAGAAGUAA